CGACGCGGCACGGUGCAGUUCCGCUCUUUGUCCACGAGGUGGCGGUAGAGACCGCGGAAAGGGCUUCUCCAGAGGGGUCGGCGAAGUUAAAACAAGGAUGGGGUCGGGGGGAGCCAAGUGACUCCUUGGGGGCUGACCUCAAAGUCACCUCGGGCAGGAUGGCUCCUGGGACAGGCUUAUAAGAGGAGGUGACACCCCCUUGUGCCAUCCCUAUGUGGAAACCCCACCAAGUUCAACCAGAGGCCAGAAAGAAUCCUUCUAGACCCAUAGCCUGGAUGCCUCAGCCCAACUCCUUGCAGAGGGCAUCUCAGGGACCUCCCCAAAACCUCAGCACCGACCCUAUUGGCUGCUGGUGCCAACCGGUGCCACCAGCGAGGCAAGAGCUGCCUGGAGAAGUGAGCAGCCCCUCCAUCAUCCCACUGCAUCCGUGUGGAGCUGCACCAUACAGACGCCAUGCAGCCCCAUGCCAUCCUCCUCCUCCUCUUCUUCUUCUUCCCUGGGAACUGGGCAGAGCCAGAGGGCUCCUACAUGCUCAAGCUUCUCCAUUUUGCCACCUUCCAAAACAGCACCUCUGUGCUUGUGGGAGGAGUGGGGCUCUUGGGGGACAUGGAACUGGGAUCUCUGGACAUCAGCACUGGGAACAUCCACUACUACCGAGCCUGGCUGCGCCCAGCCUUGCCAAAAGAAGACUGGGACGUCAUUGAAAGCUCCAUCAAGUCAUACAUCAGGGAUUUCAACAGGCUGGUGGAGAUGUACGCCACGAUGCCCUACCCUUUUGUCUUCCAGACCUCCGUGGGCUGUGAGCUCCAGUCCAACAGGACCGUCAGGACCUUCUUCAACAUCGCUUACGAGGGCCAGAAUUUCAUCCGCUUCUGCCUGGAUACAGGCACUUGGGAGCAGAUGCAACAUAACCAGUUGUCAGCCACAGCCGAGCAGCUGAUGGCCAACGCCAGCACUCUCAAUGAGGUGAUCCAAGUGCUCCUCAACUACACCUGUGUGGAUGUUCUGAGGCUUUUCAUCCGGGCUGGCAAAGCAGAUCUGGAGAGACAAGGUGAGCUGACCCACAUCAGCUCCCGACGUAGGGGGGGUCUGAGCGGUGCCGCACUGCAGUCCCCUCAUAUCCAUCCCUCAGUGCCCCCCAUCGCCGUGGUCUUUGCCCGCACUGCCGGCCCAGCACAGCUCCUGCUGGUUUGCCGUGUCACCAGCUUCUACCCGCGGCCCAUCACCGUCACCUGGCUGCGGGACGGCCAGGAGCUGCCCCCGAACACCAGCACAGUGUUACCCAACGCCGACCUCACCUACCAGCUCCGCAGCACCCUGCUGGUGUCCCCCCGGGACGGGCACAGCUACGCCUGCCGCGUACAGCACCGCAGCCUGGGUGACCGCAGCCUCCUCGUCCCCUGGGGUAGGUUGUCCCCCUCGGGGGAUGCGGCUCCCGAGCCCCGUUUCCUCGGCACGAGGAGCAGGAGAGCUGACGGGCUGUUUGUUGUCAGAGCGCUCCAAGAGGGGACUGAGUGCGGGGAUCGGGGCCGUCCUGCUGCUGGCCGCGGCCGCCAUGGCCGCACUGUUGGUACGGAGAUACAGGAAGCGGCAGCGGAUGGACGAGGGGCGCAGCGUCCCACUGGCGGAGACCACGGCGGGGCGAUACGGGGGAUGCGGCCGCGGAACAGCCGGGGAGGGGAGGGGGCACGUCUGAGUGCUUCUCAGAACCCCCCAGUGCUCGUGGCGGCUCCUCCAGCCCCGAUAAAGGAACCCACCUGCCCACGAGUAACGAACCGCGACCUCCCGUCGGCACCUUCUGCGUUUUAUCGCCCAACCACCGCCUUUAUUAACCCCCUUCCGGAGAUAUUUGUACAAAUAUUUGUACAAACCCUCCCUCCAGCGACGCCCACCGACGGCGCUGGAUGCGCUGAGCUGCACUGAGCUCCCAAAGGAAGGAGGCGCUCAAACAUUGCACGGAGGUGCGAGUGUGAUCGGGGUUUUGAAGCAGGUUUCAAACCAAGCAGGUUUGAGGCGAACGGAGCACGGAAUAAACGGAUAAUUUGA